AUGGGUCCUAUUUGGAAUGAACUCAGCCCUAAUCCGUCUGAGAGCUCUGUUUACAGAGGAGAUCAGUGUUUCAACGGGGUAUUAGAUGUGCAGAUUGCAGCACCCACUGCCCCAAGUACCCCCACGCAGAACCCCCAAUCCCCCAGUAUCCCCCCACCAGCACCCCAUCCCCAAGUUUACCCCCACCAGAACCCCAAUCCCCCAGUCUUUACCCCACCAGCACCCCAUCCCCCAGUUUACACCCACCAGCACCCCACUCCCCAGUUUACCCCACCAGCACCCCCCAUCCCCAGUUUUACCCCACCAGCACCCCAAUCCCCCAGUUUACCAACACCAGUACCCCACUUCCCCCAGUUUACCCCCACCAGCACCCCACUCCCCAGUUUACCCCCACCAGACCCCAUCCCCCAGUUUUACCCCCACCAGCACCCCAUCCCCCAGUUUACCCCCACCAGCACCCCACUCCCCCAGUUUACCCCCCACCGCACCCCACCACUGCCCCCAGGUUUACCCCACCAGACAACCCCCAAUCCCCCAGUGUUAACCCCCACAGAGCACCCCACAUUCUCCCAGCCCACUCCCAUUAGCCCCACCACCCACACGCCACCCACUCCCCCAGUUUACCCCCACCAGCACCCCACUCCGCCACAGUUACCCCCACCCCAGCACCGUCACCCCACCCUCCAUCCCAGACCCCAGCUCUCCACCACGCACCCUUACCUCCCAGGACCCCAAUCCCAACCCAGUUUACCCCCACCAGCACCCCAUUCCCAGUUUACCAACACCAGCCACCCCACUUCCCCACGCACUCGUUUACCCCCCACCAGCACCCCACUCCCCCAGUUUCACCCACCAGACCAUCCCCCAGUUACCUAUCUCACAUCACACCCACUCCCCGUAGCCCCAUCAUUACCCCCACCAGAACCCCACCUCUCCCCAGUUUACCCCCACCAGCACACGCCCCAACUCCCCCAGUUUACCCCCACCAAGCACCCCCCUCCCGUCCCCACAGUUACCCCACCAGAACCCCACUCCCCCAGUUUACCCCCACCAGCACCCCACUCCCCCAGUUUACCACCACCAGAACCCCACUCCCCCACCAGUUUCCCCCACCAGAUCAGCACCCCUCCCCCAAUUAACCCCACCAAGCACCCAUCCCCCAGUUUCCCCACCAGACCCCACUCCCCAUUUAACCCCACCCAGACACCCUCCCCACAUUUUACACCCACCCAACCCCAUUCCCCCAGUUUACCCACCACCAGCACCCCCACCCCCAGUUACCCCCACCAGAAACCCCAUUCCCCAGUUACCCCCCCAGCACCCACUCCCCAGUUGACCCCACCAGACCCAUCCCCCAGUUUACCCCACCAGCAACCCCACUUCCCCAGUUUACCCCCACCAGCACCCCACUCCCCCAGUUACCCACAGAACCACCCACUCCCCAGUCCUGGUCUGGAGAAGGUUGGUCGGGACUCGAGCUACGAGCAGGAGGGGAAGGUGCAGUUUGUGAUGGAUGCUGUGUAUGCUAUGGCCCAUGCCCUGCACCGGAUGCACCGGGAACUCUGCUAUGGAUACCCAGGCCUGUGCCCAAAGAUGGCCAACAUCGACGGCAAGGAACUACUCAGCCAUAUCAGAGCUGUCAACUUUAAUGGUAGAGGCCAUGCAGUGGCGGGCAGGCGACCCGUCCCUCCCGGCAUCUGUGUGCAGCGUACCCUGCCGGAUGGGUGAGAGGAAGAAGAUCGUGAAGGGCGUGCCGUGCUGCUGGCACUGCGAGCGCUGCGAUGGCUAUCACUUCCAGGCCAGCGAGUUCAGCUGUGAACUGUGCCCCUACGAACAGCGCCCCGACGCCAACCGAACGGGCUGCCAGAACAUCCCCAUCAUCAAGCUGGAGUGGCACUCGCCSUGGGCCGUCAUUCCCGUCUUCAUCUCAAUGCUAGGCAUCAUCRCCACCACCUUCGUUAUCGUCACCUUCGUCCGCYACAACGAAACGCCCAUCGUCAGGGCGUCCGGCCGUGAGAUGAGCUACGUGCUGUUGACGGGCAUUUUCCUGUGUUAUGCAAUCACCUUCCUGAUGAUCGCGGCRCCYGAYGUGGGCGUGUGUUCCUUCCGGAGGAUCUUUCUGGGUCUGGGGAUGUGCUUCAGCUACGCGGCYCUCCUCACCAAGACCAACCGUAUCCAYCGCAUCUUCGAGCAGGGGAAGAMGUCSGUCAGCGCCCCCCGGUUCAUCUCCCCGGCCUCCCAGCUGGUCAUCACCUUCUCCCUGAUCUCGGUGCAGCUCCUGGGGGUGUUUGUGUGGUUCGCCGUGGACCCGCCGCACACCUUCGUGGACUACGGCGAGCAGCGGACCCAGGACCCGGCGGCGGCUCGCGGCGUGCUGAAGUGCGACAUCUCCGACCUGUCCCUGAUCUGCUCCUUGGGCUACUCCAUCCURCUGAUGGUCACAUGCACUGUUUACGCCAUCAAGACCAGGGGAGUGCCGGAGACCUUCAACGAGGCCAAGCCAAUUGGAUUUACCAUGUACACUACCUGCAUAAUCUGGCUGGCGUUUAUCCCUAUCUUCUUCGGGACGGCACAGUCGGCGGAGAGGAUGUACAUCCAGACCACCACCCUGACUAUCUCGCUCAGCCUCAGCGCCUCUGUCUCUCUGGGGAUGCUGUACAUGCCCAAGGUCUACGUCAUCAUCUUCCACCCGGAGCAGAACAUCCCCAAGCGUAAACGCAGCUUCAAGGCCAUCGUCACCGCCGCCACCAUGUCAGGCAAGCUGCAGAAGGGAGGUGACCGGCCCAACGGAGAGGUCCAGACGGAGCUGUGUGAGAGCAUGGAGACCAACAGUGACUUCAUCAACUAAGACGACAUAUGUCAGCUACAGUAAUCAUGCCAUCUGAACAUCUUAACAGCACCAAAGUGGAGGGAGGGUCCCCACGGGCGAGAACAGCUGAGGAAAGGAGCUGUCACUCAGACAGACAGAUGACGGACUGACGGACAGAUGGAACUCCCACCGCCACCUCUAACCCAAGCAUGAGACAUUUUAUAUUGUUCUGACAGCAUCAAACCGACUCACUACCACCAGAGAGGCGGGACCACAAAGACCAACCACCAAUCAGUGGGCCCUGUUCGCUCUCUUCCUGUAAAUCACAGCACAACGGUCCUGCCAUAAACCUUGAACUAACCGUGAAAAAAAAGAGAAUGCAGGCUCUCCACUGCAGGCUCUAUGGUCCAGAGAAAAAAAUGAAUACAAAAGAAAAACAUAACAAAASAAAACAGUGUAAAAGUUAUACAUAAGGGAAAUGUAUAUGGGAGAUAAAAAGACAUUAAAAGAGUUUAAAAAAUUUAAAUAUUUAAAAGAGAAAAUAGAAGAAACUAUGAGAAUCGACCAUGAUGUUUAUUGUUAUUCUACUUGUAAGUAUUUUUGUGGUUGUGAAGAUUUUUUCAUUCUUGUCCCAUCUGUCGUGCGACCUUGCAUACUCAGAAAGUUUGUCUCUUGUAUCGAUUGGCUAACUGGAUGGGUAGCCCUGGCUUGUGAAUCUGUAAAUGCCCUGGUUGAAGCAUGCCAGUUUUUAUACAAAUGAUUUAUUUAUAAUAAAGGAAUGUUUUGCAAAUGUG